AUGUUGAAUCUUGUGUUGCACCGUUUCUACUCCCAAAUGCCUAUGGCUGAUGAAUUCUCAAGCUUCCACAUUCUUUACUGCAGGAAUGGAGGAUACCAUCUCCGGAUCCAACCUAACGGGACUGUGGACGCAAGUCGACAAGAGAACGACGUUUACACUCUUUUAAAGGUAAAAGCAGUGAAAGCAGGAUUAGUAGCCAUUAGGGGUCAUGAGACUGGACUAUACCUGGCAAUGGACAAAUAUGGAAAACUUUAUGGCACUGUCAUGUUGAACGAUGAGUGUUACUUCAUUGAGAAGAUAGAGGAGAACCACUACAACACAUACCGCUCACAGAGGUAUCAGGAGAACGGAGACUGGUACGUGGGGAUCAAAAAGAAUGGAUGGGCAAAAAACGGCUCCAAAACACACAAGGGCCAAAAUGCAAUCUACUUCCUGCCAAUUCCAGUGGAUAACAGCAUACAGUAACUUGUGUGUUGAUCAGAGGCCCUUAA